GUAGCAUUGCUGCUCCAACUUGGCAUUAGCUAUUGACACGUGUAAGCCAAUCAAAUGCUGACGUCAUCCCAUCUGUCUGAAAGAAUUCUUGAGCUGGGUUGGGGACCCACGCAAUUGGCAUUGCAUUUUUAUCUGAUUUUCUCCUCUCUCCUCAAAACAUAUACAAUAAUCUCUAAUUCAUCCAAGAUCCCCACCCCACCCCCUUCCUUUCUUUACUCUUUUUCCUCAAGUCAUCUCCACUCAAUUCCAAAACAAAGCCACCUCUCCUCCUCCUCCUCCAAACCAAAAUCCACCACCUCACUUUUGACUUUCUCAUCACUUUAAAAUUCACUUUUUUUUUUUUUUUCCCUUUUUUUGUUUUUAUUUCCUCCAAUCACCACUCAUCAUCAUUAUACAUCAAUAUAUGUGAAGUUGUUCGGGAUUGAUGUACAACAACGCACCAACGCAGCAGAUCUAACAAAAACCGCCCUUCCCUUUCCUUCCCUUCCGCUGCUGCGGCCGACCAACAGGUUACUCCGCCGACAUCGCCGCCGAACACGGCGGAGCCAAAAACAUGGAAAGUUUACAAAAUACUGUGUAUGUUUUUUUUUUUAGCAGUUGGAAUGAAAUGCGAAUUUAUUGUCUCUUCUGAAGCGAUAACGAGUACAGGGUUGUCUUCAUAUGUUAAUUAAACAGGUGUGUACCUUGAGUUGGUAAAAUCUACCAGGCAGUGGAUGAUUGCUUCACAGCUGUUACGGAUUGUUCCUCUGACGUAAUGUGUAACCAUGACAUCUGAUAAAGAACCUCUAUUUGUCAUUCAACUCUUGUCUGUAUGCCUGAUUCUAAACCAUUUGAAUACAACAACAGUGCUUUCAGUACAGACAGGCUGGUGGAAAUCAUGAGGGAAAAUCAGAAUGAGGUGUUAUGUGAUCUAAACAACUGUGAGAAUGGUGCAGCUCCAGUAGCUUCUGAGAUCCAUGAUAAAGAUGAAUUUUGGAACACGCCGGAACUUGACUGUGCUAUGGUUGUGGAAGAUUACACCAAUGGAAAUGGAAAUGGAAAUGAAGCCAGAGAUUCUAUGAAACUGUUUGAGAAGAAUUCAUGUGCUGACGAGAACGGUAAUGAAAAUGAAGUUAGAGAUGAAAAUGAAUUCAAUGAUUCUGUUGACCCAUUCACAAUUCCUUCAGGCAAAAUGGAAUUGUUUGAGAAGAGCACAGAUUUAUAUGCUGAUAAAAAUGUCAUGAAAUGUGAACUGCCAGAGUUGAUAGUUUGUUUCAAAGAGAGUACUUACCAUGUUGUCAAAGACAUUUGCAUUGAUGAGGGACUGCCUUUCGAAGACAAGAUUUUGAUUGAAAGUGAAAGUGAUAACGAUAAGGGUCUUCACACCGUCCUUCCUUCAGAUGAAAAUUGUAAUGGUGGUAAGAUGAAAGAAAAUAAGGAUACUGAGCUGCUUAGCCCUGAUGGGUCGAAAUCUUCAUCAGAAAAUGAAGAUGACGAGGAUGAUGCUCAUGAAUGUGGGACUGAAGAAAAAGUGGCUGUUGAAUUGCAUAUUGCAGAUGCAUUGAAAUCUUUAUUGGAAAGUCAUUCUGACAAUGAUAUUAGUACUGAUUGCGGAUCCCUCGCUCUGGUGCAAGCAGGUGAAACAAAUCCUGAUGCAACUGAGAUGAUAGCGGAUGAUGUCUCAAAAGAAAAUUUUGUGACGAGUAGCAUGCCUUCAUUGCAGAAGUUCGGUAAACAAAUAUCCCUUAAAUCCCUCUUCGAGUCUCCUGAUUGUGAUGCCAAUGAAGUUGAACAACAAUCUGGUCAGAUUUCAAGUUUUGAAGUGAAGUGCGAAAACCCUGCUCUGGUUUCAAUAGCUGAGGAAUCAAACCAGAGUGAUCCUGUUAACGACUUACCUUACAAUAGCAAGGUGGAGAGUUCAACAAUCACUUUUGAUUUCAACUCUUCUAAACCUGCCACUAAUGGCACAGAUGAGAACCUCAAUGAUGUUGAUCCUGAACAACCCCUCAAGAUUGAUAGCAAGCCUAGUCACGAGAAUGGAAUUUCUAAUAGUUUGGCAGUUGAAAGUGAAGUUCAACAUGGUCAAGGCGAGUCGAGUUUCUCGAUGGCAGGUCCUGUUUCAGGUCGAAUAUCAUACUCAGGGCCAUUGGUAUAUUCUGGUAGUGUCUCACUGCGGUCAGAUAGCAGCACCACCAGUGCCCGAUCCUUCGCCUUCCCUGUAUUACCGUCUGAAUGGAACAGUAGUCCGGUAAGAAUGGCAAAAGCUGAUAGAAGGCAUUACCGAAAGCAUAGGGGUUGGAGGCGGGGUUUUCUUUGCUGUAAAUUCUAAAUUCUUCUAUUUUAUGCAUAGAUAGGUUAUUAGGUUAGAUAUCUAUAUAUAUAUACAUCUUCAAAAUUUUAGAUUAUUGUCCAUCUGAGUAUCGUAAAUAUACAUCUCUUCACUUUUCUUUAGGCUUGGUGUUUAAUGUGCAGUAGUAGGAUCACAAUGUCAUGCGCCUUUUGAGUUAUGGUUUGAUUUGAAGCUUGAAGAUUCAGAUGUUAAUAUGGUGUCUUCAACUCACGUUUCCUUCUUGAUUUACUUGCUUCACUAAUAAAUCAAAGAUGUUUGCAUUUGUAGUGACCAAUACAACAACUUUAGACUACCUUGGAAAGAUAGAGAUGAAAAAUAAAUAAAUUAAUUAAUUAA